GAGCUGAAAAAAAUCCCAAAUUUUUCUACUGCUCUUUCCCCGCCAUUUGUUUAUCCGAUUAGGGCUUUCUGCUUUUCCUCAAACUUGAAAAACCUGAGAUUCAUACUCUCAAAUCUCAAUUUGUCCUGUUUUCAGUUCCCUACAACUUGACUGUGUGAAAGCCGAUUCCAAUGGCGAAUUCAAGUGGCAGUAGUGGUGUUCCUCAAGGUAUAAGUUUAUCGAAUACAGUGCACUCUGAAAUUGCCCCGUCUUUGCCUUUGCCGUCACUUCCUGUCUUCUGCGGCGCACUCGAUCACCAACUUAGGUUGUUUGACGAGCGGAGUGAAUCCAGAUCGUUGAAUCGGAGUGACAUACUCAUUCACGCUAACAAAAUUGCUGAUCUGCUUCACAAUACAGACAUUUCUUAUUUGAACCUUAGAGCUGAUGCAAGUUCACAAUCUCAUGGCUUUGUGGGACACCUUGACCUGCAUAAUGAAGUGCUUAACUGUAACUCUGAAGCCUUUGCUCUAAUAAAUGCAGCACAUUGUUCAAGUUUCUCAGGCCCCAUUAAGGAGACUGCACGAAGUCGCAAGGCUAAUUCAAAUUCUCUUGAGAGUGUACCUGCUGUCCAACUUCCACAACAAGGCACUGUAGAGAUCCACAAUUAUCAGCACGACCAUGUUAUUAGUGAUGUUACUGCAUCUUCUAGGAAACCAAAAGUCAAGAAGAAAGGAAGGGAGAGCACCUUACUAUCAAGUGGCCCUGAUGCUUCUGAAUGUCAAGAUGCAGUUGCAGCAGGUUUUUGUGAGAUGUUGGAAGAUUUUUGUGGCAGGGCAGAAAUUUUUAGUGAGGAGCGGGAGGAAAGAGAAUUUUUAGCAGUGUCUGUGGCAGAUCUUAAAGUUGUUCUGAGGGAGAUCACAUCCAUCCGAGCAAAGAAAGCACUGAAUUCGAUUCCAGUUGAUAAUCUAGUAAGAUUUCUUAGGGUCUUAGAUCACCAGAUUCAUCGAGCAGAAGGUUUAUCAAUUAAUGAUAGUGAACAUAUGGAUGCAGAGGUUGUGUCAUCGAUUUUCUGUGCUUUAGAGUCCAUUCAUGCAGCUUUAGCUAUAAUGGCUUACAAUGGGAUGCCUAAGCAAUUGUAUAAGGAAGAAAUUAUUGAAAGAAUCGUGGAGUUCUCCCGGCACCAAGUUAUGGAUGUUAUCUUUGGUAGUGAUCCCGUGUACCGUGCACUGCACAAACCACCCGAGAGGGGGAUUCCUGAAGGUGAAGAAGAUGAAGAGGUCAAUGGGGAUUUUGUUUCACCAAAUAGGAAGAAGAGAUCUACUAGGAGUGCAAAACCAAGGAAAUCAACAUCAAACAAGGUUUCUUCUGCUGUUGGUAAUAUACUUCAGAAGCUUGAUGUGAUUCUUGGUUUUCUUAAGGAGUUGUGCACUAUAGAGCAUCUACCAGACAGUUGCGUUAUUCAACUUAUUAAGACUUGUUUCACAACAUUUGUGGUUGAAAACAUCCAGCUUUUGCAAAUGAAAUCAAUAAGCUUAAUAAGUGGGAUAUUUUAUGCAUACACACAGCAUCGUGCUUCUAUAAUGGAUGAAGCACUUCUGAUUCUUUUGAAAUUACCCUCUUCUAAGCGCAUGCCCAGAACUUAUCCUCUACCUGAUGAAGAGCAGAGGCAAAUCCAGUUCAUCACUGCUCUUUUAAUUCAAAUAGUUCACAGCAGUUCAAACCUUCCAGAUGUUUUGAGGGAAUCAUCUGACAGUCCUUCUCUAGAAGUCUCAGUUGAUGCCAGUUACCCUACCAAAUCUUGUGAGUCAGUCACGGAAGCGUGCUGUCUUUUCUGGAGUCGUGUUCUUCAACGUCUAACAAACACAAAAAAUCAGGAGGCAGCUGAGUUGAAGACAAUGAUUGAGAAUCUUGUCAUUGAUCUGUUAACUACUUUGAAUUUGCCUGAAUAUCCAGCCUCUGCUCCUCUUUUGGAGGUUCUUUGUGUUUUACUCCUUCAAAAUGCUGGGUUGAAAUCUAAAGAUAUUUCUGUUCGUUCGAUGGCCAUUGACCUUCUUGGCACAAUUGCUGCAAGGCUGAAACAAGAUGCAGUCCGCUGUAGGGAGGAGAAAUUCUGGAUAGUAAAGGAGUUGAGAAGUGGGGAAAUGAUUGACCGGAAUCCUCCCAAGGAUGCAUGUUCUGUUUGUUCGGAUACCAGGAUUGAAAAAUCACUUGUUCAAUGCCAUGGUUGUCAGAGACUAUUUCAUCUUAACUGUACUGGAAUCAGGGGUCAUGAUAUUCCGAAUCGCGGCUUUCAUUGCCAGAUGUGUAUCUCCAAGAAGCAACUUCUUGUACUGAAAUCACUAUGCGAGUCUCAGUCCAAUGAUGCUGGGCAAAAUAACCGUACUAACUCAGGAAAAAUGUCACAAGUUGCUGAGGCAAUCACAAAUUUGGAGAUUGUUCAGCAGCUACUACUGAAUUAUCUCCGUGAUGCUGCAACUGUGGAUGAUUUACAUCUAUUUACUCGCUGGUUCUAUCUUUGUCUUUGGUACAAAGAUGACCCUAAUUCAGAGCAAAAGUUCAUGUAUUAUGUUGCACGAUUAAAGUCACAAGCAAUUGUGCGUGACUCUGGUUCUCUUUCUUCGCUAAUGACAAGAGAGUCGGCAAAAAAGAUAACUUUAGCAUUGGGACAGAAUAGUUCUUUUUCUAGAGGAUUUGACAAGAUUCUGCAAGUGCUUCUGGCAAGUUUGCGGGAGAACUCUCCAAUAAUUCGUGCAAAGGCAUUGCGAGCAGUUAGUAUCAUUGUUGAGGCUGACCCAGAGGUUUUGGGUGAUAAGCUUGUCCAAACAGCAGUGGAAGGGAGGUUUUGUGACUCUGCUAUAUCUGCCCGAGAAGCUGCGUUGGAACUUGUAGGCAGGCAUAUUGCUUCAUAUCCUGAUGUUGGUCUGAAGUACUUUGAGAAGUUGGCGGAGAGAAUAAAGGAUACUGGAGUAAGCGUGCGAAAGCGUGCUAUCAAAAUCAUACGGGACAUGUGCACUUCAAAUUCUAACUUCUCAGAGUUAACUACUGCUUGCGUUGAAAUUAUUUCCCGAGUUAAUGAUGAGGAAUCCAGUGUACAGGACCUGGUCUGCAAGACAUUUUAUGAGUUUUGGUUUGAAGAACCUUCUGGUUCACAACAUCAUUAUUUCGGAGAUGGAAGUUCUGUUCCACUUGAGGUGGCUAAGAAAACAGAGCAAAUUGUUCAGAUGCUGAGAAGGAUGCCCAGUCUUCAACUUCUUGUAACUGUGAUUAAACGCAACUUAGCCCUUGAUUUCUUUUCACAAUCUGCUAAAGCUGUCGGUAUCAACCCCGCGUCCCUUGCCUCAGUCCGUAGGCGCUGCGAGUUGAUGUGCAAGUGCUUACUUGAGAAAAUACUGCAGGUGAUAGAGAUGAAUACGGGAGAAGGAGAGGUGCUUAUGCUACCAUACAUGAGGCUCUUGCAUGCCUUUUGUGUUGUUGAUCCUACUCUAUGUGCACCAGCUUCUGAUCCUUCCCAGUUUGUGAUCACGCUACAACCUUAUUUGAAGAGUCAGGCUGAUAAUCGAGUUGCUGCCCAGCUUUUGGAGAGUAUAAUCUUUGUGAUUGAUUCUGUUUUGCCUUUACUAAGGAAGCUUCCUGAAAGUGUUGCUGAAGAACUUGAACAAGAUCUGAAGCAAAUGAUUGUUCGGCAUUCUUUCUUGACAGUUGUCCAUGCUUGCAUCAAGUGCCUCUGCUCUGUAAGUAAUGUUGCUGGAAGAGGCUCAACUAUCGUUGAACACCUUAUCCAGUUAUUCUUCAAACGCCUUGAUGCCCUAGGUUUCAGUAACAAGCAGCACUUUCAGCAAGUGGGCCGGUCUCUUUUCUGCCUGGGUUUGUUAAUACGUUACAGUAGCUCAUUAUUGCAUGCAUCUGUUUCCAGUAACAACUUACAUGUUUCUAGCAGCCUCAACCUAUUUAAGAAAUAUCUUCAGGCCGAAGACUUUGUUAUCAAGGUCCGCUCAUUGCAGGCACUGGGCUAUGUUUUUAUUGCUCGCCCUGAAUGCAUGCUGGAAAAGGAUGUAGGAAGAAUUUUGGAGGCCACACUUUCUUCUAAUACUGAUACACGGCUCAAGAUGCAAUCUCUGCAAAACAUGUAUGAGUAUCUUCUUGAUGCUGAAAGUCAAAUGGGAACAAAUAAUGCAAGCGAGAAUGAAGUUGCUAACACAGCAGUUGGUGGCCCUAGUGUGCCUGUUGCUGCAGGGGCUGGUGAUACCAACAUUUGUGGGGGAAUAAUUCAGUUGUAUUGGUCUAAAAUUUUAGAAAGAUGCCUGGAUGUGAAUGAACAAGUGCGUCAGUCUUCUCUUAAGAUUGUGGAAGUUGUACUGCGUCAAGGUCUUGUUCAUCCUAUUACCUGUGUUCCCUCUUUGAUAGCUCUUGAAACAGAUCCGCAGGAGGUGAACUCAAAGCUGGCUCAUCAUUUGUUGAUGAACAUGAAUGAGAAGUAUCCAUCCUUCUUUGAGAGUCGUCUUGGUGAUGGUCUACAAAUGUCAUUUAUGUUCAUACAGGCCAUGAAUAAAGGUGAUUCUCAAAGUUUAAAACCGCAGUCCAAAGCUCCAGGUAUCAUGUCAGGAAAGUCAGAGCCUGGCUCAUUUACCCAUGCAAGGCUCGGGGUAUCUCGAAUCUACAAGCUCAUCCGUGGAAAUCGUAUUUCAAGGAACAAAUUUAUGGCCUCAGUUGUGCGCAAAUUUGAUACGCCAAGCUGGGGUGAUUUAGUGGGCCCAUUUUUGAUAUACUGCACUGAAAUCCUUGCUUCGCUUCCAUUCACAUCGCCUGAUGAGCCCCUUUAUUUGAUCUAUUCUAUAAAUCGGAUUAUUCAAGUUAGGGCUGGCACGGUGGAGGCAAAUAUGAAGGGAUUUUUACAAUUCUUACAAGCAGGCUAUCAAAAAUUAAAUGGAAGUGGGGGCAUUCAAACAGAGUCUAAUCAACCUAUUAGGUGUCAGACUGAAACAAUGGUUGCCAGCACAAAAGUUGAGGAAGUGUUGGAAGGUGACCAUGUUGGUGUAGAUUAUGGAUCAGUGAAGCCAUAUAUGCCCCAUUUGGCAUCAUUAAAUCCACAUGGCAUAUCAAAUACUGAUUUGCAGAUGAUCCAGGUGGAGUGUCUGGCAGCUGGUGCUUUACAGUUACUUCUGAGGCUAAAGAGGCACCUCAAGAUUCUGUAUGAUCUAAAUGAUGCCCGUUGCCAGGCAUAUUCUCCAAAUGAUCCCCUAAAACCUGGGGAAAGUCUUUCAAAGCAAAGUCUUCCUUUCAAUGUGAAUGAAAUUAACAUUGAGCACCCAAAGAAUUAUGAAGACUUUGUCCGGAGAUAUCAGGAAUUCAAGAAUGCCUUGAAGGAAGAUACAGUGGACUAUGCAAUCUACACGGCGAACAUUAAAAGGAAACGCGCUGCUCCAAGAAGAAGCAGGAAAUCUGGUCGAAUGAUGGGUGGUGGUGAGGAUGAAGAGUAUGAAGAGGAUGAAGAUUGGGGUAGUGGAAUGAAGAGUAGUAAUAGUGGCAGAAGAAGCAGUAGCAGGUUAAGGCAGCACCUGUGAAUGUAAGUAAAUACUUAGAGGUAACACUAACAUGUACAGUAUGCAUCUAUAGAAGUUAGAGAUGAUAUCUACGAUGCCAGGAGUAGAAGUUAAUGCUGUAUUGGAGUGUUCCAGUACAUGAGUAGUGAUGUGCUCCAUUUAGAAGUGCAUGAUGCUUGGAGGCAUGAGUUUUGGUGUAGCAAAUUGAAGCUCAAUGAGUUGGGUGUAGGUUUCAGACUUGUAUUCCAUUUUAUAUGUAUGUACAUUCUAAUAGAUUCUGAUCUCAUUUGGAAAUGAAAUAACACCAUUGUUUGGAACAGUGCUUUGAGAAAUAGUAUGAUAUCUAGGAAGACAUUGUCACCCGGAAUAAUACACAGAUCGUUUAUGUGGUAUAA